AUGCCGCCCAAACGCAUGACCGCAAACCCCGUCAAGCCCGCGCGCUACCGCCCCGGCAAGCCCACCGCGCCCGAGCACUCCGACACCUCCGACACCUCCGACAGCGACGCCUCCGACUCCGAGUCCGCGCCCCCCAAAGUCCCCAGCACCACCACAACUACCACAAAAGCCGACUCCACCCCCGCCAUCGUCUCCUCCGCCCUCAAAAAGGUCGACCUCAACAAACGCUUCGAGCAGUCCCGCAAGGAAGAAGAAGCGCGCGCCGCCCUCGCCGCGCAGGCCGCCGCCGCUGAAGAAGAAGCUGCCGCCGCUGCAGCAGAAGAGGAGAAGGAAAGCAGCAGCGAGUACACCGAGGAGGAGGACUCUGAAGAAGAGGAAUCCGAAGAAGAAGCGCCCAAGAAGCUCCUCCUGCGCCCCACCUUCAUCCCCAAGAACAAGCGCAACACCCCCGCCGAGGACCCCGAGGCCAUCCAGAAACGCAAAGCCGACGAAGAAGCCCGCGCAAAAGAGGAAUCCAAAGCCCUCCUCGAGGAGCACAUCAAGCGCGACCUCCUCGCCAAAGCCGCCGGCCGCAAAGGCUGGGACGACAACGACGACGAGGACGCCACAGGCGUCGACGACACCGAUGCACUGGACCCGGCCGCCGAGCGCGCAGCGUGGAAGCUGCGCGAGCUGAUGCGCGUGAAGCGGGAGCGCGAGGCGCUCGAGGCCAUCGAGAAGGAGCGCGAGGAGGUUGAGCGGCGGCGCACAAUGGACCCCGAGCUGCGGCGCCGCGAGGACAUGGAGUAUGUUGCGCGGCAGCGGGAGGAGAAGAAGGAGAGCCGGGGCCAGAUGGGGUUCCUGCAGAAGUACUACCACAAGGGCGCGUUCUACCAGGAUGAUGCGUCGGAGGUGAUGAAGAAGAACUAUGCGACGGCGGCGGUGGAGGACGAGGUCAAGAAUAGGGAUGUGCUGCCAAAGUAUAUGCAGGUGCGUGGUGACGAGGUGGGGAAGAGGGGGAGGACACGGUGGACGCAUUUGACGGCCGAGGAUACGAGUCUGACGGGCGGGGGGAGCCCGUGGUUUGAGAAGAGUGGGAGUAACAAGAGGGCGGCGGAGAAGAUGGGCGGGAUGAGGGAGGAUGAGAGGUUCUUGCCUGAUAAGGAUAAGGACAGGCAGAGAGACCGCGGUGGUGAGGGGGGAAGAGAUAGCCGCGGCCCUCCGCCGCCGCCGAGAAACGACCGAGACCGCGACUUUGGCGAUCGACGACCUCCAGAGGGACCGCGCAGAGACCGUGAGGGUGGUGAUAGGGGCGGUGACCGAUACCGUGGUAGUGGAGCCAGAGACGGCGACAGAGACAGACGCGGGCCGCCCAACGACCGGGAACGGGGUGAUCGCAGAGCCAGAGACGCCCCGCGGGAUAGAGACGACCGCCGAGAGAGAUACUCCGGCGACAGAGACCGGGAACGAAGACGCUCGCGGUCACCGCCCCGACGGCGCGACGAUGGCGACAGAGAUAGGGAUAGGGAUAGGGAUAGGAAGCGGGCCCGGUCACCGCCGAGGAGGCGGGAUGAGGACGCGGGGGAUGGGGAUAAGAGGCGGCGGACGGAGGUGCCUGCUGCGUAG